AUGUCAUCAGAAGAGCACUUCGCGCCGGAAGCGCAUAAGACAGACGAGCAGCUCGCGACGGAGCAGGAGAGCAUCCACGAGGAACGGGAAACGUCGUUUUCGUUUCGAAGAGAGGCGCGCGAUGGGGAGUCCUCGACGUCCGCGCUUGGUGCUGUAGAAGGCGACAUCCCUGCUGCGGCCGCGUCGAUAUUUCCAGCGCCAACAGGGGAGGACGAGGCGGAAGCGGCGGCGGUGGAGGCGACGACGGGUGCGCAUGUCGAGUCAGCAGAACCGUCACAACCGGCGCGUAGCUCGCGGAAGAGUCGAGCAUCCGCGUCCGGUCCAUCUGCAGAAUCCGACGAACCAAGAAAAAAGUCACGCAAGUCUACGGCCCCGGAAGAAGCGGAAGGGAAUGCCAACGUGCGUCUCGACCGCCUCCGUCAAGCCCUAUACCGCUUCCUCGACCUGAUCGAUCACCGCGCCACCAGCACCUCCUUCGUCAAAGCGCUCCCGCACAUCGACAGCGACUCGGUCGAGGCGCUCCGCCAGCAAUUCGUCAGCCAACUCAAAGACGCUAUCAUCGACGAAUCCGAGAAACUCAUCGAGUCGAACGAUCUCGAAGCCAAACUGGCGUCGCUGCACCGGUUGGCGCAGGAGGCAGACGCACGGUACCAGGCAGGAUACGACGAGGGGGCGGAGGAGAUCAAAGAUGUUUGGCGCAAAGAGAUGCAUUUGGAAACGGCCAUUUCGGCCCGGGCCAUUCCGGACCAGGAGAGAAGGGUGGAGGAGUUGAGAGCGGAACUCGAGGCGGUGAGGAAACAGAACAGGACGAUUCAUGAAGAGUUGCUCGCAACGAGGAACAGGAGUGAUGCACUGCGGAACGAUGCUAGGGACUCACUGGACGCUUUGGAGUCUGCUAUCAAAGGUCUCGAGGCCACACCGGAUAUGCAGAACAAGCUGCGCAAGACCAUGGACGAUCUGCUUCAAGAUCUCGGCGCGCGUGUUUGA